GAAUUACUGGAUAUUUUCAUGUUCUGCUGAACACAGGAAAUGUUUAGUCUCUGCAUUGUGGAGUGUGAUAUUUUUUUGCAGUAAGCAGUCUCCAGUGAGAAUUCUGCAUUUUCACUCAUGAUUCAGUGUUGUGUUUCAGUGUACUGCUUCCACUGCACAAUGCAGAAUUCAUUGCCAUAGGCUACUUGGAAUAAAAUGGCUUUAGAGAGAUUUGAUACAUUUAUAGAUUAGAGGUACUUGUGUUCAAGAACACAGUAUGGUCAGACAAAUCAGACAACAGGAUGAAAAUAAUGUUAUCCUUUGAAUGCUGUAUUGGUAUAACAUUAGAUCAAGUCUCAAAAUUUCUGGCUGGAAAAGUUAUACUGGUGGUAAAACAUAGAGCUGGCAUGCAUACUCUCCUAGAACACAUAUAGCUUUAUGUAUGACUCCAUGCAUACCUGUGGAGGAUAGCUUGUUCAUUGGUUGUGUGUUUUCUAAUUUGCAUUGGGUUAUUUCACUUGAUGAGGAAGAUGGAGGAAUAAGAGGCCAGAGAGAGAUAUUUGAGGCUGUGUUAGAGAGAGAUGUUGCCAUGCCGUUGCCAUGUGUUUGUCAGGGCUGCAUUCCUGAAGCAAAUACCUGACAAUCUAGUCUGCCUUCUGUAGCGUUUGAAUGUCCUUCUCUCCAAGUCCAAAAGUGUUGCCUGUUGUAGUAAUCUAGCCAAAGAGCAUCUCUGUUGCCCCUGCCUUGCAUUGUUAACUUAGAAUCUUGAAUCCAAGUGAUUUGGAGCAAAACGAGCCGUAUUAUUUUAAAUAAUUUAUUCUGGAAAAAAUAGAACAUUUCAUAAAAGCUUUUUCCAACUUUCCCUGUAAUGCCUAAUAUUUCCAUCUCUGGCCCUGGGGGAAAUGGUGGUAGGGAGGUUUCCCCCCAGCUGGUUUCCCCUUCCUUAGGACCUUCAUAUUUCUACUUUUGUGCCUUUUUGUAAUUGUUGUAAUGCAUUAUUUGGAGAGACCAUCUAAAAUAAAAUACCAAACUGUUCUAUAAUUCAGCAGUAGACCAUAUGAGGUUAAGUUCUUGGUACUUCAGUGUAGCAGAUGUUUGGAAAUAUAUUUCUUUGCCUGUGACUGUAAAGAAUUGCCAGUCAGAGUAGAUACUACUGAGCUAAGAGACCGAUGGGCUCACUCCAUCUAUGUUCAUUUGGCUGCAUGACAAGUAUGUAAGAGAUGAGAACGUGACCUUGAGGCUGGAGGAUACGUUGUGUACCGGUUUUUGCAAGGGUACAAACAAUGGUGUCAAUUCCGUGCAAUUGUGCCAUUUAAGCAAUUGAAAGCCACUCCCCACCUCUUCCCUAGCUGUGGUAAUCACUUUUUAUCCUUCCCUUUAAAGCUACCAUCAAAUGUUUGCACACCGACAUGGACGGACACACACACACACAUAUACACAGACUGUUUGCUCUGAAUGGGAAAGUGACACAUUUUGCUUUAGAUGGGAAAAUGACAGGACCAACACCCUUUCCUAUUCACCCUCCUCUUUUACACUCUGUGUGGAAAAUGAGUCUGCUGUUGGCUCUUUACAAAACUGCUCCUUGCCUCUUCCAGGGAAAAGGGAACUGCAUAUUUUACCCCAGCAAGGCAAAUUAUAGUUUGAGGAGGAGAUGGUGGUUUGCUUUGGGAAAAGAGCAGGGGACAGGAUCCCCCAUCCAUGCAUCGUCGACCAGCGCGGACAACAGGCACAGGGGCGGCGGAGGUCUCAAGGCAGCAAGAGGAGCCAAGCUGCCUCACAAAAUACUUCAGUGCAGUGUGGUGUAAGAUCUCAAAGAAAAAACACAAAAAAUGGGAAGGCGAUGCUGUGGUUAUUGUGAAGGGGAAGUCCGCAGUACUGAAAGACAUGGAAGGCAAAGUCAUUGGAAGAGGCACUGGAUACAAAGCCAAAGAUCUGGAAAAUCUUGAUCAAGGUCAAACGCUCAAGAUUGGAGGCAAAGAGAUCGAAGUGCUGGGCGUCAUUCAGGAAGAGGAUUUCAAAAGCGGCCGGUGUUUUCAAGCUGGUGGGGAGACUCUAAUGGAGACACCAAACUUCUCUCAAUCCACCGUGAAGCCAUUCUGUAACCCUCUCAAAAAUAUCUGCCAAACCAAAACUCAAGGAAACUUGCUGAAAGGCUCCCGGAACUGUAAACCUCGUCACGAUCCGUGCGCACCAAAUUGUUUGGUUAUGCUACACCCAACCAUAAAUCACCAACAGAAGUUCAAUAAAGCGAAUUUGCCUAUUGUGGACGUGGUUGUAGAUCCUCACAUUGUAAAUUAUCUUCGGCCGCACCAGCGAGAAGGAGUAAUAUUUCUUUAUGAGUGCGUGAUGGGAAUGAGAGCGAAUGGCAGAUUAGGCGCUAUUCUGGCCGAUGAAAUGGGCUUAGGCAAAACGCUGCAGUGCAUUUCCCUCAUCUGGACUCUCCUGCAUCAGGGGCCCUAUGGAAGCAAGCCAGUAAUCAAACAAGUCCUGAUAGUCACUCCUGGGAGCCUGGUGAAGAAUUGGGGGAAAGAAUUUCAGAAGUGGUUGGGAAAUGAAAGGAUCAAGGUGUUUUUGACUGAUCAGGAUCAUAAGGUGGAAGAGUUUAUCAAUUCCCCCCUUUAUGUGGUCCUGGUCAUUAGUUAUGAGAUGCUUCUGCGGUCCUUGGACCAAAUUCAGAAGACGGAGUUCAGUCUGAUAAUCUGUGAUGAGGGACAUCGUUUGAAAAACACCUCCAUUAAAACUAGUGCUGCUCUUGCCAGCUUACCUUGUGAAAGAAGAAUUAUACUUACAGGUACUCCAGUACAAAAUGAUCUUCAAGAAUUCUAUGCAUUAAUAGACUUUGUAAAUCCUGGAAUACUUGGACCUUUGUCCGCAUACAGAAAAGUAUACGAGGAACCCAUUAUCAGAUCACAAGAGCCUUCAGCAACGACGGAAGAAAUUGAACUAGGGGAGAGAAGGGCAGCAGAGCUCACCCGCCUGACUGGACUCUUUAUUCUCAGAAGAACCCAAGAGACGAUCAGCAAGUUUCUCCCUCCCAAGAAGGAGAGCAUCAUUUUCUGCCGCCCGACAGCACUGCAGCAUGAGCUCUACCUCCGGCUGCUACGUUCCCAGAUGGUCAGAUCGUGUCUGCAGGGGAGUCUCGAGAACAGCCCACAUUUAAUAUGUAUUGGAGCUCUGAAAAAACUUUGCAACCAUCCUCAGCUCCUCUUCAAAACAAUGAAGGAAAAGGAAGGCAAUCUAAAUUGUGAUGAACAAGAAAAACUGAAUCUCUGUGAGGGUUUGCUCAACGUUUUUUCUCAAGAAUAUACUCCAGCAUCUUUUUUGGAGUCAGACUCGGGAAAAUUGCAGGUGCUGACACAGUUGCUGGCUAACAUUCAUGAACACAGUCCUUCAGAAAGAGUCGUGGUGGUAUCUAAUUACACCCAGAUGCUAAAUGUGUUGCAAGAAGUUUGCAAACGGCAUGGAUAUUCCUACACAAGACUCGACGGAAGCACACCUGUUUCCCAGCGACAACAGAUUGUUGAUAGUUUUAAUAGCAAAUUUAGUCCAGCAUUUGUCUUUCUGCUGAGUUCAAAGGCAGGCGGUGUAGGCCUGAACCUCACUGGAGCAUCCCACUUAGUCCUAUAUGAUAUUGACUGGAAUCCAGCCACGGAUAUUCAGGCAAUGGCCAGAGUGUGGCGAGAUGGACAGAAGCGAACAGUACACAUCUACAGACUUCUUACUACAGGUACAAUCGAAGAGAAAAUCUAUCAGAGGCAGAUCAGCAAGCAAGGGCUGUCCGGGGCUGUUGUAGACCUUUCCAAGGGAUCUGAACAAAUCCGCUUUUCUGUUGAAGAACUCAGAAAUCUCUUUAUAUUGCAUGAAGAUUCGCCGUGUGUUACCCAUGAUCUGCUGGAAUGUAAGUGCAUGGGCAAGAAAGAUCAUCAAGGACUUCCAGAAAAGCUUUCUGUGCAGGAAGACGACCAGCUUGACCAACGCAGGGGCAAACUCAUCUCCCGAAAAAACUUGUCUAUGUCACAGCUGAUGCAGUGGAAACACCUGUCUGGGGAGCAUGAGAGUCUACCCAGUCUCUUCCUCGAAAGAAUAAAAGGAAAUAUUACAUUCAUUUUCCAAAAUGUGACCACUUGAGAGCCACCACCUGCAAAAGCAAGACAGUGUUUCCAUUGUUAAGGUGUGCUCUUGAUCAUCAACAUAUUUUUUUCAAGCGAUAUGAAAUAAUAGGAUUGCCAAGGAUUGUUAAGAACAUAUAAUAAGAUUAAAAUUUUAAUUCUUAAAUAAAUUAUGAUUGGAAGGAAAAA